CAUGCUCUUUUCCUCCAUACAGGCAUCUUUGCUUACCUGAACUACCAUGUUCCCCGGACAAGACGGGAGAUCCUGGAGACCCUUAUCAAAGGGCUCCAGCGGCUGGAGUACAGAGGCUAUGACUCUGCAGGUGUGGGAAUCGAUGGUGGAAACGACAAAGACUGGGAAGCUAAUGCUUGCAAAAUCGAGCUUAUCAAACAGAAGGGGAAAGUGAAGGCUCUGGACGAGGAGGUUCACAAGCAACAGGACAUGGACCUCGACAUCGAGUUUGAUGUACACCUUGGAAUCGCCCACACCCGCUGGGCUACCCACGGCGAGCCCAGUCCUGUCAACAGCCACCCCCAGCGCUCGGAUAAGAACAACGAGUUCAUUGUCAUCCACAACGGCAUCAUCACCAACUACAAGGACCUGCGGAAAUUCCUGGAGAGCAAAGGCUACGACUUCGAGUCGGAGACGGACACGGAGAGCAUCGCCAAACUGGUCAAGUACAUGUACGACAACCGGGACAGCGACGACAUCAGCUUCACCACCCUGGUGGAGAGGGUCAUCCAGCAGCUGGAAGGUGCUUUCGCCCUGGUGUUCAAAAGUGUUCAUUAUCCUGGCCAGGCCGUCGGUACCAGGCGAGGCAGCCCCCUGCUCAUCGGAGUGCGCAGCGAGCACAAGCUCUCCACCGACCACAUCCCCAUUCUCUACCGCACGGCUGUACAAUCUAUGGAUCAUUCUUUUGAUGGAAUAUCCAUAAAAAUGGAGGAAGGCAAAGACAAGAAGGGAAGUUGCAACCUGUCUCGCGUUGACAGCACCACCUGCCUUUUCCCUGUCGAGGAGAAAGCCGUGGAGUACUACUUUGCUUCUGAUGCCAGCGCUGUCAUUGAGCAUACCAACAGAGUGAUUUUCCUUGAAGAUGAUGAUGUAGCAGCUGUGGUCGACGGCCGUCUCUCCAUCCACCGGAUUAAGCGCACAGCAGGAGAUCACCCCGGACGUGCCGUCCAGACCCUGCAGAUGGAACUCCAGCAAAUCAUGAAGGGUAACUUCAGCUCAUUUAUGCAGAAGGAAAUUUUUGAACAGCCAGAAUCCGUUGUGAAUACAAUGAGAGGAAGGGUCAACUUCGAUGACUACACGGUAAAUCUCGGUGGGUUGAAGGAUCACAUUAAGGAGAUCCAGAGGUGUCGUCGUUUAAUCCUUAUUGCUUGUGGGACAAGUUAUCAUGCCGGAGUCGCAACCCGCCAGGUUCUGGAAGAACUGACUGAAUUACCUGUUAUGGUUGAACUGGCAAGUGACUUCUUGGACAGAAACACCCCUGUCUUCAGAGACGAUGUUUGCUUUUUCAUCAGCCAGUCAGGUGAGACAGCAGAUACCUUGAUGGGUCUCCGGUACUGCAAAGAGAGAGGAGCCUUAACUGUAGGAAUAACUAACACAGUCGGGAGCUCGAUAUCUCGAGAGACAGACUGUGGAGUCCAUAUCAAUGCAGGACCAGAGAUUGGGGUGGCCAGUACCAAGGCCUACACCAGCCAGUUUGUCUCGUUGGUGAUGUUUGCUCUGAUGAUGUGCGAUGACAGAAUUUCCAUGCAGGAAAGGCGCAAGGAAAUCAUGCGGGGUCUGAAGGGGCUGCCAGACCUAAUUAAAGAAGUGCUGAGUAUGGAUGAUGAGAUCCAGAAGCUGGCCACGGAGCUGUACCAUCAGAAGUCUGUUCUCAUCAUGGGCCGUGGCUACCAUUAUGCUACAUGUCUUGAGGGAGCUUUGAAAAUCAAAGAAAUUACCUACAUGCACUCCGAAGGGAUACUGGCGGGUGAGCUGAAGCACGGCCCUCUCGCCCUGGUGGACAAACUCAUGCCCGUCAUCAUGAUCAUCAUGAGAGACCACACCUACGCCAAGUGCCAGAACGCUCUCCAGCAGGUCAUCGCACGGCAAGGGCGACCCGUUGUGAUUUGUGAUAAGGAAGACAUCGAGACAAUUAAGAACAAUAAGAGAACAAUCAAAGUCCCCCAUUCAGUGGACUGUCUGCAGGGGAUCCUGAGUGUUAUCCCCCUCCAGCUGCUGGCUUUCCAUCUCGCAGUUCUCAGAGGAUACGAUGUUGAUUUUCCAAGAAAUCUGGCCAAGGCCGUAACUGUAGAGUGAAAGAUCAUCUGAAUCAUAGGGGCAAAGGGGAAUUAAAUGAAAGACUUUUUUUGGUACCAAAAUAACUUGAUUUUAAAGUCCCCUAGGUAAAUCUUAUUUUGGUAAAUCAUUGUUUGUGUAUAAGAUCACCAUAAUUCCAUUACAUUAGUGAUUGUCAAAUUGAUUCCACAUGCUGUGUCAAUAGCUUUGGGUUUUUUUGAACACUAGGCUUCCAUGAAAGAUACUAAAUGGUUUUCUUUAAGGAUUACCGACUCUUCUAGGUAAGGGGCCCUCCACUUUACUUUAAGAAAUGUCAUUGUUUCUUAUCCAGUGUGGCUCAUUCCAAUUGUUGAUGAGAAACCGUAGGAUGAAUUACCUGCCAUGCUCUCAGGCAGUGAAGCAGGGCACCAGAACAUACAACUGGAACAAGAGCUGCUACUGGUCAUGCCUGUGCAGAUGUUUUAACAGUGAAGGAAACUGCAAACAAGCAUUUGGGGUCAGAUUCUGCCUCGUGUACAAAAGGGAAUUCAACCAACCUGUCACAGCAUCCUCGACGAUAGGCACAUGGGGAAUGUGCUAAGAAAAUACCGUUGCUUCAGAAGGAUUUUAUCGAUGCCAAAUACCUCGCAAGUGACAAUCGUGUGCUGGGGGCCACCAGGCAGGGUGUAACACCAGUGUGUACUGGUGUCUGUGCCCACCAGGGCUGUGGAUUCACUGGCACCUUGGCGUGUGAGCGGCCGCAGAAGCCGAGUCCCCGCUCGGGAUGGUGCUCCCAGAGUUGGGGGAAAGAGGCACGUGAAGAGUUUGUGCUGAGGGUUUGUUGUUGCUGUUGAGGUUUGGUUUUUUUUUUAACCAAGUAGAGGUUAGUUUUUAACCAAAAUUUAAAAAUAUCCUCCCGCGCUGAGGAUUUUCCCCCUCCUGAGUGCUGUGGCACCAACACACCUCCUGAGGAACCAGCACCAGGUGCUGCAGGGCCCUGGCUCCUCUGAACACGCAGAGGAAGGUCUGUGCCUCGGAUCUCCCCGGCAGAGAUGGCACUAACGCUCCUUUUCAGAGGGUCCCCACGGCAGCAAAAGGCCCUUCACAGAAGUGUUGGCUUCUGAUUUAUUUGGGAGCAGUUCCUAUGUGAUUUGUGUCAAACUCAGCUGGUUCAAAAUCAGAGGGGAUGACAAAAGCAUGAUAGACAUGACAGAAAUAUAUACCUUGGUAAUAGUUCUGUAACUAGCUUGCAGAGAAUCCGAAAUUACAUGGAAAAUACAGCUUCAAGACUUAACGCUGACUUUUUCAAAGUCAUGAGAGGGCAGUUAGCUGUGCGUUUCCUAAUGCAAAAAGGUGAAUUUCCUACCAGCUUCAUGGGUUUUGAAUUAGCUUUAGACACACACCAUAAAAAGAAAAACACUCGAAACCAAUAUAUAUAUGUUUAUUAAUACAUUAUACUCAGACUAUUACUUUAUGGAUGCCUUGUGCUGCCAGUGUCUGUUUAAGAACAAAGUAGAAAAUACUGCAUUUGACACAGCAUUUGCUUACGAGGCGCUGACUCCUGGCAGUUUCCUGCCUCUGCCUGACCAUGACCAGCAGCUUUCCCUGCUUCGUUUGAAAACAAUACUUGUCCCUUAGAAAACACCAACGGGUGUUCAGUGCUAACAAACUGAAGACAGUUCUUCCUCCUCCUCCUCCCCCUCAGCUCGCUUAAGAGAAACUCUGCAAACCUUUCACAUGGAGGUUCCUGCUGGAACCAAGGCAGGGACCCCUCUUUUAUCUCCUCCAGCACAAGGAUGCAAGGACUUGCAGUAUCACCUCCCACGUUUUCAUUAGUGUGGGAUCCAGUGUAAGAACCCUGCAAGAGAAUUAAUUUAAGACCUUUUUCUCCUAUUCCACUCGAAGAAAAGCAGCCUUUUAUCUGGCCUUGUACAGAUGAUUGUCCGCCGGCUUCCCGAGUCUCCCAGCAAACAGGAUGGGAGACGUCCCCGUUAAAACGCGAGUGGCCGUUCACUACAAGUUCAUAAUGCAGGCUGUUAAUUAUUUAUGAAAUUAAGUUGUGUACAAAGAGGACCAAAGAACAGGAGUCUAAGUUAGAGAUGUUAAGUCUGACGCUCUCACGUCGGGUGUGACUGUACAGAUAGUGCCGAGCUAUUUGCGUUGAUGCUGUGAUAGACAAACCCUUAUUCUUUGUAAUUUAAGGCGUUAAAGCUCACGACAGAUUCUCCAUUUGUCAGAAGGAAAGGUAGUGUGUCCCCCCCGCGUGCUGCACGAUGCCAGCAAACUGCCUGAAGUGUGUAAAUGCCUGCCAAAACGGAGGCGUAGUGGCUGCGUGCAGCCCGGCUGGUGCAAUGCUCAAUGUCAGAGGGUGCUGAGGAGCGGCCUGGUGUGAAGAUUCCUCUGAUGAGCCUGGUAGGGAAUCCAUUAAGCAUCUCACUGUCGUUAAUUGCCAUGCCUGUGUGAAGUGCGAAUGUAUAAAGGACUCUUCUUAGCUUUCCUUACCUCAUUUUUGUCUAGAUGUGUUGCAUUUUGACGAAGAGAUGUUUCUCUUUUCCUUAGGAAAACUUUUAGAAUGCCUUGUGAUAUUUAUUAACAGCCAGUCAGUCUUCUGCUCUCCAAAAUGAAUGUUUUGCUUACUGAGCCAGUAAAAUCCCCUCCUUCCUAAUUGAGGUGUUUAAAAAUUCAGUAGCCCUGGCACUAAAAUUGAGCCACAGGUAAAUACAGAUCGAGGCCUUUGCCAUUUGGAAGAGCAGCUGCCUGUGUACUUCUGUCAGAAUUUAUUUGGAUUUCACUGUUUUCCUCAUCUGUGUCUGCAGAGGCUUAAAGGGAAGCACAUGCCCAUAGGUCUUAGGGGUUUUUUAAUUGCCAAAGACCAGAGAACUUCAGGCUCAUGUUGUUUCUGCCUGACAGAUCUCAAAGUCCACGCAGAUAGUGAGGGUGUUUGAGGGAAUUAAGUCUUAUGGAAUAUACUUUUGUCAGGUUUUCCCUCCUACUAAAGAAAGGCUGUAGACAGUUCUUCCCUGAGUUUGUCAGAGGAGUGAGUGCUGUCAGCACACGUGUUCUCAUAAAAAGCCCAAGCCAGCAUCUGGGCAGCUGUGUCCUUGUCAGGAGCAGCAGGGACACGGCAAACGCCAGCUACUCUUUAACAUGGUCUUACUGAUGGGAUGGUAAUGACCUGCCACCACCACCACCACCACGGGGAUGCCCCUCCUGCCAGAAAGCAGCUUUGACCCCCCCCAUGUUUGUGGAGCCCCAGCCCCUUGGUGCUGGAAGAGCUGGAAGGUUCACGCAGACCAUUCCUGAGUUGGGUGGGAGGAAGCUCCUGGAUGUGACACCACAAGGAGCCCUGCUCGGGGGUCUCACAUCUGGCCAAGACACACCGGGUUUGGUUCAGCUGUGGACUGGGACAUCCAAAGGUGUAAGAAAGACCAACACGUUAGUGCAAAAUUGGGCUUUUCUCCUCUCUGGCUGCCAGGAGCAGACCUUGAGGCCUUGAGUAGGUGCCUGGCAGCAGCGUGGCAAGUGGAGGGAGGGACUGAGAUGCAGCACUUGAAGCAGCACAUCAGUGUUUAGCUGUGGCUAAUUUUAGAUCCUACCUGAAUGUACCAAACUUGCCUCAAAGCACGGAGUCCCUCCUCUCCACCAGAAACGGGAAGAAGACGAAACAAAGAAGCAUUUGGUUUGAACAAAAGGAAAGAAAACUAUUUGCCUUCAAUUCAGUUUAUGUAAAUAGACAUUUGAAGUGGCAAAUACCACCCUUUCUUCCCUUCCAGACCCAUUUGCCUCUGCCUGUACAUACCCAGCUGGCUUGGUUUGUGGGGACCAGUCUGUACCUUGUUUCCUGUUGUGUGCUGUACACAGAAGCUGUCUUACUUUUGUCUGUAGUGUUUGACAAUUUGGGUUUUGUCUUUUUGCUUACUUUUUUUGUAUCUCACCCUUUGAAUAAAAUCAAGUGCCCUACAUUAA